GACCAUCAGGGCAUCAGGGCAUCUCUUCUUCGGUGCGUUUAACAUUAUACACACUCAACCAAAUAAUGAAGACUUUAAAAGCCAAGUUUAGGAAGACUGAGACUCACAGUGCGCAAAGGGAACAAGCUAGGAGUCCUUUGCCCCCUACAACCCCAACCCUGCCUGGAGGGACCACAUCUCACAAGAGAAAAGCACCUCCUCCUCCAAAGUCUCCCAGACAGGGUGCACAAGGUUCCCCAGACCUGCAUCAAGGCCCUACGCAGUGCUUAGUGCCAGACAACUCUACUUCUCCUUCUCCAGCCCCCAAGAAUCAACACACCUUUCCAGACAACCUUGCAGAGGAUGAGGAAGUGUUUGAGGAGAUUCGCAGGCUACGGCUAGAAAGAGGGCAUCUACUACAGAAGAUUAAGGCUCUGGAGCAGCAACAGAACAGCACCACCACUGCACUGGAGGAGCUGAGCUCGCUAAGAGAGUGUUUGAGACAGGCAGAGGCAGAGCGUGAUUGUCUGGAAGAAGUGCUGAAGGAGCUGGGAGGUGUUCGGCUCAGCAAUACAACCUGCAGCACGGACGAUAUGCUGGACUUCCCUGGAGCAAACCGGCUGCUGUCCAAGCAGUCACAAUGCACAGAAGUGGAGAUGCCUCCUGCACAACCAGAGAACUCAGCCUGGGAGCGAAUGAACAGUGUGGAGCAGCUGUGCAGGCAGGUGGAGGAGCUGACUGCACAGAAUGCUGAACUGGUUCUCAAAGUGCAGAUGCUGGAGAUGUUUGAAAAGGAUGACACAGACUUUGUCCCCCUGACACUCUAUGACUCCUUAAAGAGAGAGUUUGAAAAGCUGCAGCAGCAAUGCAACAAAGCUACUAAAAACUCAAACACUACAGAGGACCCUGGGUCUGAGGACAAUCCUGAAGACGUAAGUGAGGUGGAGUCCAAGGAGGAGGAAAAACAGAAAAGCCUAGAGCAACAGCUCGCCUGUGCCCAUGCUGAGCUGGAGGAGCUGAGAAAAGAGAUAAAGCUGGGUAUCGAUUCUGUAACUGCAGGUUUAGCUGUUAGCCAAUUCAGAUCUGAAGAGAAGGAACCGAGCUCAGACAUGCAGAGGUUGACAGCACGGGUGCAGGAACUGGAGGCAGAGCUGGCAGAGAAAGAGGAGCUGUGGAAGGAAGGGCUGAAUGAGAGUGACAAAAUACAGCAGUUGAAGCAAAAGGUCGAAGAGUUAGAGGAAUCUCUACAGGUGAAGGAAAAAGAGGCACAGGAUAUGAGUGAGUCAGUGGAGAGAUUAAAAAAACGAAUACAGGAGCUAGAGGUGGGCCUGGAGCAGGGCACUGGGGCAAGGUGUUUGUCAGAAGGCGAGGAAGACUCACUGAAUAAGUUACAGGCACGUGUGGCAGAGCUGGAAGCUGAAAUCUGUAAGAGUGUUCCUCGUGAGCAGCUGGAUGAGGUGCAGGUCACCCUGAGUCUCCAGCUGGAUCAGCUGGCCCGAGAGCGUUCUGAGAUGGCCCUGAGACUCAAUCAAGCUCUGCUGGAUCUGGAGAGACUUUGCCCUCCAGCUCACACCGACAAAGAUGACAGCGAUGAAGAUAACAACAAGGAAGAGCAGUCUGAGAGCUACGAGUCAUCCGGUGCUUUGGAGUUGCAUGGUGGAAGAACUUUGACUGCAGUUUUAGAAGAGCUGGAGGAGGCUAGCCAGCCAGACAUGGAAGAACUAGAUGACUUGCAUGCAGGAACAGGGGAUGGUGGUGAUGAUGCCCUGCAGAUGAAGGAUGCAGUGCCACUAGCCAAACACCAGGAGGCACUGUCUGCAAUAAUGCAACAACUAGCUGAGACAGAACAUAAACUGCAGGUUGAGAGGGCACUUUGUGAGCAUGCCCAUGCUGAAGUGGCCAGGUUGAAACAUGACCUGCAGGAGGCACAACAUGCCAUGAUCAGCAAGGAGGAACAUGAAAAGAUCAAGGCUGAGCUGCAGCACAGCCUAGAGGAGAGCCAGAGCACUGUAGCAGCAGCCCAUGAGGCUCUGAGUGUCAAAGAGCUGGAGUUGAAGGAGCUACAAUCACAGAAAGCUGUAGAACUGGAUAUGGUAUCUAAAGAGGACCACGAAGCCCAGAGGGUAUCACUGCAGGCUGAGAUCAAUACGCUGACCGCCUGCCUGGCUGACCUCACACGCAAGCACGAGAAAACCUGCACUGAGGUGUUUCAAGUGCAGAGAGAGGCUCUCUUCAAUAAGAGUGAACGUCAGGCAGCCGAGGCACAGCUGCUCGCAGUCCAACAGCAGCUAGCGGACCUGCAGGCUCAGUCCAGCCACAUCCAUCAACUGCACCAAGACAUCCAGCACUCAAAGGGGAUUAUCAAGGAAAAAGACCACAAAAUCACAGAGUUGUCUAAGGAUGUGUUCCGUUUGAAGGAGGCCCUAGGAGCUCUGACUCCACCAAUGGGUUUAUCUGCCAGUGCUGCUUCCUCUGGAAUCCCAGGACAGCAGUUGGCACUUCAGAACAGAGUAUCUGCGCUGACCCAGCAACUCCAGGACUGGGAACACAAGCACAAGACAGUGGUGGCUACAUAUCGCUCUCACCUCUUAGCUGCAGUUCAGGGUCGUAUGGAUGAAGAGGUGCAGGCUCUUCUGUACCAAAUCCUCAGAAUGACCCAAAAUAACCAAAGCCAUUAAGAUAUGUGCAAGUUGCUGAUUUUUAAACUGACAGCAACACACAUUUCUUUUUAACUUUCAGUAAUUGUGUCUGGGAAGUGAAACAGGAAGUGAACUGACUCUACAGGACUCUGCAAUGCCAUGGUGACCUAAGAGUUGCAGGAUUUUUGUAUAUGAUAUAGAUAGAUAACUAUAUUCUAAUGCUUUAUGAUUCCUUUCCUUACUAAGGCAUGAUGAUCUUAUCCAUAUUGUUCCAAGUUACGAUUGCACUAUUAACGAUUUACACUAACAAAUAGAACACAAAUAGAGUUUUCAUGUAAGAUUGGGAAGGUUAUAUUCAGAAUACAAUGUUAUUGAUUAUAUUAAUGAUUACUAAAAUAGAUAACGUAUAAGAUAUUACACAAUCUCUAUUUAUCUCAUAGAUCCACCUUAAGAAAUAGCAGAUUUAGUAUUUUGUGUACUUACUGAUAUCUGACACCUCCAUGAUGACUUGUGACCUUCUUCACUUGAAGUGAAGAAGUGUUCAGAGAUGAAUAGCCCAAAACUAGCAGAGUUGCUUUACUCAUAUUGGCAUGUUAGAAUACUGAGUAUUUCCAAACAGUUUCCAGCAGUAACUAAUUAGUACCUAAUAAACUGUAUAUCUCCAACUCAAGUUAUGUUGUUAAAAUGUUUAUGAAUGUGUCCAGGAUCUUAAAUGCCUUAUAUAUGUCACUUGACAUUGUUCCUAAACAAUAUUUUUUUUAAAAAUAACUCCUGGAAGGUUCAGUUUAUUAACACAUUGCUUAAGUUUGUCUAAUAUUCCUGAAUGUUUACUCUUCAUAAGACCAGAAAUUGCUGUAGCCCAAGAACACUCAUUUUUUCUACACAUAUUUUGUACACAGGAAGCGAUUACAGCAAAGCAAAUCUAUUUUUGUUUUCUUAACUAGAUCCAGGUUAGCAGGAUGUCAUGUUCAAUGUUUUUGUAUAUUUUUGUGUUUGGUUUGAUUUCCAUGACCCAGGAAGCCCAGUCCAGUCCAGUCCUCAUUUUCCAUGUGUCUCUUUUCUCUGUUGCUGAUGUGUGCUAUAAUCAUCAUUUGGUAGACCUGAUUUAAGAUGCUGCCAAAUUGGAUGGGAAAAGCUUUCUCCUGUUCGUUUCGUUUGUGCCUGCAUUUUGGUUUUUUAUUCGUGAUGAUUUAUGUUGCUGUUUUUUCUAUGUUUAAGCUUUUCAUCAUUUUUUUUCUUUUUUAACGAUGUACUGGCAAAGUUUGCCUUUUUUGUUAAUUCAAUUUGUGUAUUAUUUCGACUCU